AUGGUUGUGACGGUGGUGGCGGUGGUUGUGUUUGUCGUUGUGGUGGUGUCUGGCAGUGGAACGCCUGAGGCCGGAGAAGGCCGAUACUCUACGACCAAGCGCUUCAAGAAAAGACUCACUUACAAUGCACUUUACUCUUCCCCUGGGUGGUCAGCCUCCCCCUCUCAUUUCAGGGUUUUCUCGGGGCUGAAAGUUCCGAGGCUCAGCCUUGAAGGCCGCCUUCGCUCCGGUUCAUGUGAAAGAUUGAAUGAUAGUGAUGGUUCCAUCGUUAAUAUAUAA